AUGUCGUCGCAGCUCGAACACCUGCACUCCCGGUACCAGGGGACGAUCAACCCGGACAUCACGAAGCACGAGUGGAUCACGCAUCAAUUUCGAGACACCAGUGCAUCCAUCAUUGGACAUCCACCACUCCAUUCGUACCUGGCCUUGGCCGACGGCGAGUGCAAAGCUCGGGUCAAGUUCGAGCUGUGCGAGAAAAUGCUGCAACCAACGGGGCCUCCGCCACCUCUCGACGAAUGA